AACUCCUCCCAUAUCUCUUCCUAUACCUUGCACAAUGAUUGGGAUGCCGAUAAGAAGAGGGGGGGUGGGCAAUCAUCAAAUCAUCUAAUACGGUGCAAGGCUUCAUCUGGGCUGAGUCCUAAGUUGCUCUUCCAGAAAGUUGAAACUGCAUAUUUUGACAUGGGGGAAGUUCAAGAGCUGCAACUCCAAAUCCGAGUUGGGGAAGCCAAUAAGCCAAACCCACCAGACCAGCAAGUAAACAUCACCCCCCAAUCAACAGUCCCCAAAUUAAGAAACCUCAACUGGUGGCUAAGAAUCGGCAUUUAUACAGUAUGUGUCAUUGUCGGCCAAUCGGCCGCUACACUGUUGGGGGGAUUAUACUACGACAAAGGUGGGAACAGCAAGUGGAUGGCCACAUUUGUGCAAAUUGCAGGCUUUCCUAUCCUCCUCCCCUUAUUCUUCAUCUCAACAAUCAAAAAUCCAACAACAAAUGGAAGUUCAGUCACAAACCAAUCUUCCCCCUCAGUAAUUACAUUAAUCUAUGUCAUGCUUGGCCUACUUGUAGCAGCAGACUGUAUGCUCUUUUCAGUUGGACUCCAAUGCCUUCCCGUCUCUACAUUUUCACUCAUCUGUGCAACUCAAUUGGCCUUCAAUGCUUUCUUCUCCUACUUUCUGAACUCUCAGAAAUUCACUCCCUUCAUAGUUAAUUCUCUAGUCCUCCUCACCAUGUCCUCUGCCCUCCUUGUAUCACAAACAGACUCCAAAAAUAAAAGUGAAACUGGGAAAAGAAAAUACAUACUUGGAUUCUUAUGCACGGUCGGUGGAUCUGCUGGGUAUGCAUUAGUGCUAACGCUGACACAGUUUUCCUUCCAGAAAGUUAUCAAAAGAGAAGACUUCAGGGCAAUUCUCCAUAUGACAGUUCACCCAUCGCUAGUCGCAACUUGUGCUAUUGUGUUGGGACUUUUUGCUAGUGGAGAGUGGAAACACUUGAACAAAGAGAGGAAGGAUUUUGAACUAGGGGAACUAUCCUAUGUGAUGACUCUGGCAUGGAUAGCUGUGGGUUGGCAAGUUUAUUCCAUUGGAGCAACUUGCUUGAUUGUUGAGGUUUCUUCUCUUUUUUGCAAUGCCAUAAGUACUUUUGCUUUUCCCAUAGUUCCAAUCUUUGCCGCCAUUAUUUUUCAUGAGAAUCUGAAUGGAGUGAAAAUUGUUUCCAUGUUGUUGGCCAUUUGGGGGUUUGUUUCGUAUAACUACCAGCAUUACCUUGACAGCCUGAAGUUGAAGUCAGAAAGUGAAAAUGUGAAUCAAGUUUCCCAAGCCUCCUGAGCAAUAUUACAAAGAGGUUUGCAGAAUUAAAUGGGCUUUUGUAGUCGUGUGGUUACUUCCAUUUUGUACCCAAAAAAGAAAGAAAAACACACCACACAAGCUCGUGAGUGUUGACAUUAUCAUUGUUCAUGUUGCCUUUGUAGUUCUAAUAUUAGAUUGAAAUUUUCUCUAA